CCUGCCCAGGUAACCACAACCCAAACUUUAUAGUCGCUGGUCGUUCUUACCUGUAUAGAAGACAUCUACAGAGAAACUUUCAACUUUUAUAAAAUAACGAAGGUCUGGCUGUCGUGGGCUCUUGGGCUAAUAAGUUUAGGUUAGGUUAAAGGAGAUCAUUCAUUUUGGGCCCUUUUUGAAAGUGCCGGCCAACGAAAAAAAAAUGCACGAAUCGUUAGAACUAAUCAUUUGAAGUAAUAGCUAAUGUGGCAUAAAAGUUGUCAGGUGGCUCUGAACCUCUUAUACAGGUUCGAUGAUUCGUUAUUUGCAUACAUUUUGUCAACUUUUAAAAGUGUAAGUAAGAAAAAUAAACUAGAAAUACAAUCUCUGUGCCAUACUAACUAUUGCUCCAAACGGGCAGUUCUAACGAUACGUAUCAGUUUUUUUUCUUGGCGGGCACUUUUUAAAAUCGACAAAAUGUAUGGAAAUAACGAAUCGUCGAACCUGUAUAACUUGGUUCAGAGCCCUCCUACAACUUUUAUGCCAUAUUAGGUAUUGCUCCAAAUGGCUAAUUCUAACGAGUCGUGCCAUUUUUUUUUUGUUGGCCGGCACUUUCAAAAAAGAGCCCAGAAAUGUAUGAAGCGUGAAUGAUCUCCUUUAAAUUACUAAUUAGUCACAGAAGGCUAGAUCGUAUUUUUAUGAUGUAUCAAUUUGGUACUUUACAACAGAAAAAAAAUGUCGCUUUCCAGUACUGCAAAGACAGAGCGACAAAAAUUGUAAGAGAAAACCCUACUGAAAUGACACCAUUGAACAAAUACAGCAUGUAUUUUCUUUUGUCAAUGCAUUCAGUCUCACUCUGGUUUUUGAUGCUUUAGAACAGGAUAUUUCACCGCGACUGUUGCUGCGACACAGAUUUAAAUAGCCGGGUCCACACCGGACGAUCCAUCGCGCUCCGAUCGCGCGCGGCAGCAGCGCGAUCCAAAGAUGCAGGCGGUGUGGACGUGCCGCGCGCGAUCCAUGCGCACGUAUUGGAGCGCGCGCUCCCUACCUCGCGCGAUCCGUGUGCGGUCGGUUUUUGUGCCAGCCUCAAAGGUGCCUCAGUUGCGUGAUGCGCGCGGUGUGGACGGUUGUGUUGGUUCGCGCGAUCCACCUCGCCAUGAACAUCUCAGAAAGUCGCCGUUUGAUAUCGCUUUAUAAAGAAUUUAAAUGUUUAUGGGAUCCCAAAGAUUCUAAUUACACCAAUAGAGGUGUUAGAGAUGAUGCUUGGCGUCAGAUUUCUUGUGAAAUGGGGAAUAAGUCGAUCGAGAACCUAAAGAAAAAAAUGCGAUCUCUGGCGGGAGGCUACAGAAGGGAGAAACACAGAGAGAAGCAAAGCCGUAUAACUGGAUCCGGUGCUCAAGAUACAUAUAAAUCAAAGUGGUUUGCGUAUGAUGACUUCGACUUUAUGGCGGAUAAAAAUGAACCCGGAACCACACGCGAUACAUUGGAACAUGUAGAAUCUGAUACGACUGAAGGGGAACUUGAAGUUAAUACUACAGUGAGCGAAAACGAGAACAGUAACAUUACUAGUGACACACAACCGGAGAGAGCCAACCACCACACAGAUCAGAGUAGAGAGCAGAAUGAUCAGAAUGCACAAUCCAGUGUCCAAACAACAAACAAAAGAACAAAAAAAAGAAAGAAAACUACUUCUAAUAAUGCAGAUGACAUAUCAGAUGAAACUCUUUCAGAGGCUUUCCAACUUCUGCAACAAUGUGCUCAGCCACCACAACCGGAAACUGAUUCUUACAUUGCUUUCGGGCAGUAUAUAUCUACUGAAUUGCGGAAAUAUGAUGCAGUAACAUUAGUUAAUGUCAAAAAUGCUAUAUGCCAAGUUAUUUUUCAAGCUGACACAGGAAGAUAUGGGGAUAGCAAUUAUGGAUAUUACACUAAUUCAUAUCCUGGCACACCAAUAGCAUCCACUUCAUCACAGUCCCAGUCUCUACAACCUCAAAAUUAUCCAGCUCCAAUUCCACAGACAUCACCGUCUGCUCAUCUAGCCUCCAAUUCAUCGCAGUCCCAGUUUCUGAAACCUCAGGAUUAUUCACUUCCACAGUCACCACCGAAUUAACACAUUUAGUGCUCACUACUCGGAUCCGAGUUGGGAGGGGGGAUAGUAGCGGUGCCGCGCACUCGGAUCCGAGUGACCGGCCUGUGCAUUUUGUAGUAGUCAGUAAGCCGCCGGCGUUUGAGGUGAGUUUAUGUUGGUUUGCGCGACCGCUCUGAAACAUAUUCAACUUACGAAAACGCGUAUUGGUUUCAUUAUAACAGUGUAAUUGUGACUUUUACACACGAUCGUAUCAAAGCUAUUUUUGCACUAAAAUGGACAAUAAGGCUGGACCGUCUGGAAGUAAAUCUACGAGUAGUUCUAGAAAAAAGCGUCGGCAAAGUGAUGACUAUGAGUCUGACUAUAGUGAUGAGGAUGUGUAUUCUCAAAGAGCUGAUGAAGACUCUUCAAGUUCAGAGGACUCUUCUAGUUGCGGCAGUGAUGAUAGUAUCUUUGAUACUAGACUGAAGCAAAAGACGACCAGCCGUGUACCACCAGCUCAACCUUCAAGGUCAUCUGCCCCAAAGACGACAAGCCAUAUACCACUAGCUCAACUUUCAAGGUCACCUGCCUCAAAGACAGUCAGCUGUGUACCACCACCUCAACCUUCAAGUUCAUCUGCAUCAAAACGUGGUUUAUGUGAGUCAGAUGGAAGGGCUAUCAUUCAAUGUAAGCGAUUAAGACCUUCAUUUAGGGAUGGCCCCACGCGUAAUAAUUCUACUCAAUCGUUGAAGUUACCAGAUCUAAAUAGUUCCUCAGCAUCGAAGUCAGCGCCUCGACUACUGGAAUUUGAUGGAGACGGUAGCUUUGAAUUCAAUUCUGAAAUUGACUGCCGUCCUACAUCGCCGAAUAUCGUACAGGACUAUGGAGAUUUUUUGCCGGAUAUACCAAUUAACCCUACCAGUUCAACACCUAGCGUAUCUCUUCUGAGAUCCGAUGCGAUCACCCCCAACCUUUCGCCAGAACGUGAUGACGUCUCUCCAUCAAUUAUGGCUGUUCGGAGAUCUGGAAGUCGUACUCCAGACUUACCCGAUGAUUUUUAUCUAUCACCCAAUAACUCACCCUCUGGUCAAGGAGCCACUACCACCUGGAGCAGUGAUCCAAGCUCCAUGAAAAGCUUAGAGUUUACUAAGGAACAGGAACUCUUAGUGCCGCCUCCAACUGAUCCUUACGAAGCAUUCCGACUAAUGAUUGAUGACGAGUUGUUAGAUCUUAUAGUUCGCGAGACCAACGCGAACGCAAUAAGAGUCGGUAAUGCACAAAACGUCAAACAAAACUCCAGAAUAAAAUCUUGGAAAGAUUUAACAAAGGAAGAACUGCUGACAUUUUUAGGACUCCUUCUUCACACAGGAACAAUUCGACUAAACCGUUUAAGUGAUUAUUGGAAACGACACUAUUUGUUUAAUAUUCCAUGCUUCGGACAAUUCAUGUCACGAAAUCGUUUUUUACUUAUUUUACGAUGCCUACACUUUACGUCUGUAACCAGUGAAGAAGACCGUCUCAAUAAAAUCCGACCAUUCAUGGAUCAUUUUAACAAUAAAAUGAAAACUAUUUACUGUCCAGGUAAAGAGCUAUCAUUGGAUGAGUCCAUGGUAUUGUGGCGCGGUCGGUUGCUGUUCCGACAAUAUAUAAAAAACAAACGGCAUAAAUAUGGCAUUAAACUCUAUGUUUUAGCAGAACCAGAUGGUACGGUCUUGAAAUUUCAAGUUUACGCCGGUGCUAAUGAUGAGACAUCAGGGCAAGGACAUAGUAGUAAGAUUGUCUUCAAACUACUAGAAGAGAGACUGGACUGUGGCCAUCAUGUAUACAUGGAUAAUUAUUAUAAUUCUUAUGGCCUGGCUGUGAAAUUGCUAGAUCGACAGACAUACUGCACAGGAACGUUAAGAAAAAACAGGAAAGAUAAUCCCGUCGAAAUUGGCUCUGUUUCACUGGAAAAGGGAGAAAACAAAUCCUUGUUCUUGAACGGCGUUCAUGUCGGAAAAUGGAGGGAUAAGCGAUACGUUCUGUAUAUUUCUACAGAACACGGUAGUGAGAUGAUGGAGACUACUUCCAAAAGAGGAUCUAUAGUAGUGAAACCAAUGGCAAUCGUUCAUUACAAUAAUUUUAUGUCGGGUGUUGAUCUUCAAGAUCAGAUGUUGGCAUACUAUCCAGUCCAAAGGAAGACGCUGCGUUGGUACAAGAAGCUGUUUGUGCAUAUGCUGCAAAUGAGCCUUACUAAUGCAUUGCACUUGUACAAUACAUUUUCGGCGAAUGACAAAUUAAAUCUAUAUGAUUUCCGUAUGAAGAUACUGGAGAAGCUUUUACCUGAUCCUAAUGAUGUAAAUCGACGCAAUGUUUUGAAAGUGAAACACGAACUCACAAAAAUAGAAAAGACCCGGACGAGAGUUAAGACAGUAGGAAGAGUCACGAAACAAACUAUCGAAGUGGUCCGAAAAGAAUGCAAAGGUUGCAAAUCACAGAAAAAAAGGGUGCAAACAAUUUAUGAAUGUAAGCAAUGUGAAGGUUCUCCAGGUUUCUGUACAAAAUGUUUCUGCCUAGCACAUUCAUAAUUGUUUUCAUUAAAUUUUAUUGUUUUGUUACCUAUGUGGUUAAAAUUUUCAGAAUAUUUUUUAUUCCUUUGUACCUUUAUGUGAGUGACUCACCUUUAUUCUGUGACAAGUUUUCAAUUAAACUUAUAAUUAUUACGUA